CAAUUUAAAUUUACAGCCUCUCAAUAUUGGGGGGGUUCCCUUGCUUAAGCACAUAGUGAUAAUUCACAAGAACUACAAGUUUGUAAAUAAACUUUUUCAGAGCCACAGGCUUUACAAGUAAACUAUUUUACAUCUUCUAUUUCACAAGGUUAUUUCACAGACAAAAAAGUGAGGUACAUUGAAAUGUUUUGUCACAUGCUUCUAUAAGAAGAUUACGGCUUCUAAGGAGUGCCGUCAGAUACACGGACAAGCCUUUCAAGUUUCAACAAUAUCAAAUCACCAGAUGACAUCUAUUUGCCACUUUAGAUGGAACGCAGCCAUUGAUUAGUCAUAUGUGUACUUAUACAAUUGGCUAUCCAGUAUGUCAUUCAUCUAGCUCUUAGUAUAUUUUAUUAGAGUGGAAAGGCAAUUAUAUAAGUACACAUACAACUUUUAGAACAUGAUUAGUCUGCACUUCUGCACAGUGCACCCUCCUGAAUGUAGUUGGUUUUGGCAUUAAUCAUCUUCAUCACAAGGUUAUGUAUUUGAGUCUUCAAAGUACAACUGUCAGCGAUAUACACAAAAAUUGGAUCUGACCCGGUUUAAAUUAGGCUGAUCCUGGGCUAUACUGAGCCAGGCCAUCGAACAUACCAGGGUGAUCCAGAUAUUUCCAGGCGAUCAGAAAACAUAUAUGGUAGAUAUUUAUAAUUUUAUAGUAAAUAUAUACAAAUCAUGCAGUAUCAAGCAACCAGCUAUUUUAGUGGGAGUCAGUGAUUAUUAUAUAUUUUUUAUAUAAUUAAUUGUCAUUCUAAUUUUGUCUCAUCCAGAAUGGUCCUAUAUACUAGAUAUCUAAAUGAGCCUGCUCCCACUUAAAUGAUAUGCCCCCUCCAACACCACGUGCAUUACGUGGUAACUAAUCCAUCCAUCAUAUUCACAAUCCAAACAACAAAGCAGAUUAAUCUUAGAUCCACAAGGACCCCAGAUGUGGAGAGUAUAAGAUAGGCCAACUUAUCAAGUACAAAGAAAUACAGACUGAAAUCACAUAAUCAUGGAUUACCUGAGUUUUGUGUUGUAUCUUCUUCUAGCAUGGAUUGCAAUCCACCUUAUCCUCUCAAAUGCAAAGAAAAGCAGUGAUUCACAUCCACGGACAUUACCACCGGGUCCGCCCACUGUACCUAUCUUUGGGAACCUCUUCAGCCUAGGAACCAAACCACAUGUCUCCUUAACUGAGCUUUCCAAGAGAUACGGCCCUCUCAUGACUCUGCAGCUCGGCCGAGUCCCAACAGUAAUCAUUUCUUCAGCUGACAUCGCCAAGGAAGCCCUCCAAAGGAAUGAUAUUUCCUUCUCCAACCGGAUGGUUAUUGAUGCUGUUUGUGCACUCAAUCACCACGAAAAUUCUAUAGUCUGGUCACCGGUAUCAACAAAAUGGCGAAACUUUCGCAAAAUCUGCAACUCUCAUGUUUUCUCCAACAAUAAACUUGAUGCAAGCCAAAGCUUUCGAGUAAACCAGGUUAAAGAUCUCCUUUCCUAUGUACAAAAAUGCAGUGAAACCAAUACAACAGUUGAUAUUGGGCAAGCAGCCUUUACCACUAUCCUGAAUCUGCUAUCAAGCACUUUCUUUUCAGUAAAUUUGGGUGACCCUAAUUCAGAGUUUACUCGUGAAUUUAAAGAGACAGUACGAUGUAUAAUGGAUGAAGCAGGAAAACCAAACUUUGCAGAUUAUUUCCCAAUUCUUAAGAAGAUAGACCCACAAGGCAUCAGGCGGCGAAUGAGUGUUCACUUCCAAAAGAUGAUAGAUUUAUUCAACUCCAUGAUUCAGCAAAGGUUGCAGAGCAAGAGAUCAUCAGACACAACACAAUACAACGACUUUCUCGAUGCAUUACUAGGCAUUAACCAAGAGAAAACCGAGGAAAUCGAUCCAUCAAAGAUCCCUAAUCUAUUUGUGGACUUAUUCGCAGCAGGAACAGACACAACAUCAAGCACCAUAGAAUGGGCAAUGGCAGAACUACUCAAAAACCCAGAAAAAUUAAAGAAAGCUCAACAAGAACUCCACCAAACAGUAGGAAAACAAAACCCAGUAAAAGAAUCCGACAUCACCCAUCUUCCAUACUUACAAGCAAUCGUAAAAGAAACCCUUAGAUUACACCCAGCAGUACCAUUUCUAGUACCCAGAAAAGUUGAAUCAGAUGUGAAAUUAUUCGGGUUUACAAUACCCAAAAACGCUCAAGUUCUGGUGAAUGUAUGGGCAAUCGGGCGAGACCCGGAUGUUUGGGAAAGACCCGAAUCAUUUGAGCCAGAAAGAUUUGUGGGAUCUGAAAUUGAUGUGAAGGGUUGUGAUUUUGAGCUGAUUCCAUUUGGUGCUGGGCGUAGGAUUUGUCCUGGGUUGCCAUUGGCGAUUCGGAUAAUUCCAUUGAUUCUGGGUUCGUUGAUUCAUGGGUUUGAUUGGAAGUUAGAAGAUGAAGUUUCUUCGGAGAAGAUGGAUAUGGAGGAGAAUUUUGCGUUUACUUUGGAGAAAAAUCAGAGACUUCGAGUGAUUCCAGUUCCUGUAUAAAAUGUUUGGAGAGAAGAAGAUGUCAUUUUUUGGCGAUAAAUCCAAACAUGUUUGGCGAUUAGCGGGAAAUUGUUACACGUACGAAGUUAUGUAAUGAGUUGGUUGUAUACUUAGUGUUAGACAUGUUUUUUUGAGCUGCUGUGCUGAAUCUUACUCUACUUUAUCGAGUACUCGGUACUGAUUAAGUCUUGGCGCAUAGCGCCUAUAGAUUUCAGCGCAUAUAGGAUGAUAAUAAGAUGAAAAAUGUAUCACUACAUGUAUAAUAAGUGACAGGUGAAUGAAAAAAUGUACCACUA